CCCGGGGCCGCCGCCGCCGCCGCCGCCGCGCGCCCCUGGGGCAGCGCGCCCGCAGAUGUGCCCUACUUUGGAUAUCCCUGCGUUGAAUGUCUAAGGAGCUCCAGCUACUCCUGAGCCAUGUCGCAGAUGUUGCACAUAGAGAUACCCAACUUCGGGAACACCGUCUUGGGCUGCCUCAACGAGCAGCGCCUGCUGGGGCUCUACUGCGACGUCUCCAUCGUGGUCAAGGGCCAGGCCUUCAAGGCGCACCGGGCGGUGCUGGCCGCCAGCAGCCUCUACUUCCGAGACUUGUUCAGCGGCAACAGCAAAAAUGCCUUCGAGCUGCCGGGGACCGUGCCGCCGGCGUGCUUCCAGCAGAUCCUCUCCUUCUGCUACACCGGGAAGCUCACCAUGGCGGCGAGCGAGCAGCUGGUGGUGAUGUACACCGCCGGCUUCCUGCAGAUCCAGCACAUCGUGGAGAAGGGGACGGACCUGAUGUUCAAAGUGAGCUCCCCGCACUGUGACUCGCAAACGGCCAUGAUCGAAGACCCCAGCUCGGAGCCGCAGAGCCCCUGCACCCAGCUGCAGGCCGCCUCGGCGCCCUACGUCAUGUCCCCCUCCAUGCCCAUCCCGCUCCUGACCCGCGUGAAGCACGAGAGCCUCGAGCUGCAGGCCACCGCCGGCCUCCCCGCCAAGCGGCCGCUGGAGGCCGGCGCCCGGGACGCCGCCGGCGGCCCCGGCCCCGCCGCCGGCCCGCUCAAGCUCUCGCGCGUCUCCUACUACGGCGUGCCCAACCUGGCCACCCUGCUGCCCACCGUGCAGCAGGUGCAGUACUCGCAGGGCGAGCGCACCAGCCCCGGCGCCAGCAGCCUCCCCACCACCGACAGCCCCACCUCCUACCACAACGAGGAGGACGAGGAGGACGACGAAGCCUACGACACCAUGGUGGAGGAGCAGUACGGGCAGAUGUACAUCAAGUCCUCGGGAGGAUACUCCGUUGCUCAAGAAAAGCCGGAGCAGAUUCCACUAGAGAAUCGUUCCUGCGUCCUCAUACGACGGGAUCUAGUCGCUCUCCCGGCCAGUCUCAUCAGUCAGAUCGGAUAUCGUUGUCACCCCAAGCUCUACUCGGAGGGAGAUCCUGGAGAAAAGCUUGAGCUCGUCGCAGGUUCGGGCGUUUACAUCACUCGGGGGCAGCUGAUGAAUUGCCACCUGUGUGCUGGGGUCAAGCAUAAGGUUCUUCUGAGACGUCUUCUGGCCACUUUCUUUGAUCGGAACACGCUGGCCAACAGCUGCGGGACUGGCAUCCGGUCGUCCACGAGCGACCCGAGCCGGAAGCCCCUGGACAGCAGGGUCCUCAACGCCGUGAAACUGUAUUGUCAGAAUUUUGCCCCAAGCUUUAAGGAAAGCGAGAUGAAUGUUAUAGCAGCCGACAUGUGCACCAACGCCCGCCGAGUCCGCAAGCGCUGGCUUCCGAAGAUUAAGUCCAUGCUGCCGGAAGGGAUGGAGAUGUACCGCACGGUCAUGGGCUCCAGCACAAACAGUGUCCCCCUGGAUCCCGAGUUCCAGCCCAACACUGCUCAGGUCUUUGAGCAGCGCAUCUAUGCAGAACGGAGGAGCGAGUCAGGAACUAUAGUAGCUCUGAGAACUAACACGGUAAACGUGGAUCUAAGCAACGGCUCCAACCAGUCCUUUGAACAGAGUGAGGAUGCCGAAGGGGCUGGCUCUGUUAUACAGGAGGCAGCCGCCACGGAUGCGAUGGCGUCGGAUACCCAAAGCACUCCACAACCUUUCGAACAAGGUUCGGGCUCCACUAGCCGGCCGGAAACUCCAGUGAGAAGACAAGAUGGUACUUACGGAGGGACUUUAUAAAGAGAGCAAACGUUUUGUGACCUAUAAGGGAUCUGUAAUACUAAAGCUGCUUGCAUGCAUUACUAAUACAAAACAAAAAUGUGAUCAAGCCACUUACCUACUGAACUGCUACUGUUGCCUGAAAAAAAUGUGAUUUUUAUUCUGCUUGUAUUUAAAAUUUAUGAAGGAAAUAAUCGCAUUCGUUAUACUGUAAACGACUAGGUCUGUGGCGACCUACUUAAAAAAAAAAAAUAUUGGGCUUCUUUUUUGAUAUUCCUGAGGUUAGUCUAUAAGAUUGUAGCUUUUUUCCUUUUUUUUUUCCUUUUCUUUUUCUUUUUUCUCUUUUUUUUUAAAGAAGGGGAGGAGAAAAGCUAGACACCCCCCCAACCACCACCACCCUCUCAUCACCACCCCAUCCAUUACUCAGCUCAGAAGUAAAGCCAUCGUUAACCUUUUCCUCUAAAGAGCGUUUUACCGUCACUUAACAGGAAAGCAAGAUGUGUUAGGGUGCGAGUGGUUUGCCUGGCGAUGUUUUUCUCUGUAAGAACGGCUCUAGCCAAGUGGGAUCGGGUGGGGGGAAAUUGUUAAACGCUUCCGUUGCGGGAAGGUCGGAGGAGGAGGCGUCGCGCGGGGAGCUCUCCGGGACGCCUGGGUCCGGGCCUUGGUUUCUCCCCGUCUCCCUUAGAGCUUCUCCUCUUCAGUUUGCUGCUGCUCGCUUGGCGCACGCCGCAGGGCCCCCGCGGCCGGCGGUGCCCCCGCGACCGCUUCGAGCGUAACCCGUGCAAAAAACAUAAUAAAUAAAUAAACAGUUUAGCCUCGUGCCCUUCUACGAAGGGGUGUCGGGGAGGAGGAAGGCUUUAGCGGCUCGUCCUCCAGACAGGCUCUUCUUGGGGGGGGGGGAGAAAAAAAAAAAGAAAAAAAAAAGGAAAAGGGAGAAAGCCCCGCCGCGAAGCGUCGGCGGGGGGAGCCCGGCCCGCCGCUCCUCGGCGCGUUGGCCGGCCUUGCGGGCGGGUGGCUCCGCCGGGGUGCGACGGCGGCAGCGCCCCGAAAGCCAGAUGUGGCUUGUUUUUUUUCUCGUUUUUUAGAGUGUUUUUUUUUUUUUUUUUUUUAGUUAUUUUUACUGUGACUAAAACGCCUGCUUCUAAGGUAUUUUCAGUUUGUUCUUUCAGAAGUUUGGAGCUACGAGCGGGUGCGAAGUGCACAAAGUUGCUCAAAGGCUACUGUGGCUAAUCUGUUUUUUUUUUUUCCUCCCCCCUCUUUCCCCGGUUCCCGAAUUCAGCGCUUUGCUCAGGGUUUUCUUCCUUCUUUGUAUUUAAAUUUGAGAAAGCGGGGCGGGGAGGGGCGAGAGGGUGACCCAGCUUCUGGCCGUUGGUCUUGUCGUCUCCGAUACUCGAAGCCGAUCCCGCGGGGCUGCCGGAGCCGGGGGAGCCCGCGGCUCCUUCCCGCCGCAGGCGUCGCCCCCGCGGAGCCCGGGACCGCGGCGCCCGUGGGCGAUAUUUGCACUUUACCCGGGCGGGAUGAGGAAACGCGGGCUCCCCCGGCACGGCUCGGCACGGCUCGGCACGGCUCGGCAGCCCUGCCGCCGUCCGCGUGGGUGCUCGCGGCGGCCCCCGAAGGAUCCCGCGUGCUCCGGGCGCCGCCGAGCCCCGCGGUCCGCUGGACCAAGCCCCCUCCCGGCGAGGCGUCCCGCAGACCGGGGCGGCCGCAGCAGCAGCAGGACUUGAACGAUGCAGAAUGGCUUAGGACAGAGAACCUGGAGAGAGUCAAGUUGCACAGUGAAAAAAUAUAUUUUUAUACCUAGCACAACUUCCUGUAUAUUUGGGGUUUUUUUUUUCUUUCUUUCUUUCUUUCCUCUUUUUUUUUUUUUUUUGAUUUGGGUUUGUUUGUUUUAUUAAUUAUUAUUACUAGGAAGGCAAACUUCUAAAAUGUGAAGGGCGUUGGGUUUUUCCUUAUCUGGUAGAUGAGGGCAAGCAUUUUGCACUAAUGUUUCCUGUGUGUGGAGGAUUAAUGAUAUGUUUGAAAAUGUUAUGUGGAUAAUGAUUGUAUUCUUCCGAGAGAAAAAAAAAAAAAAAAAAAAAAAAGUAACCCCUUUAAAAUACUGAAUGUAAAGCGAGAACAGAGCAGUCCAUCGAUUGUAUGCGGCUUUCCUGAGUGCCUUAGAAUUUUUUGAUCUUUUUUUUUUUUUUCCAAGGAAAACGGAUUAAGCGAAAUCAGAUCAUUAACCAACUCCUUCCUCCUCUUUGUUUACGACACUAUUUUAAAUUAUAGAAUUUGGGGCUGCUUUAUAAUGUGAAUAGGAAACUGCAUUCAUCUAGGUCUGAUAGUAUAAAAGAAAAAAAAAAUCAGAGCAUCAGUAUUUAUGGUAUGUCUGCACCUUUAUUCUUAUGCUUGACUAGUAGCAAUAUUACGUGUAUAUUAUAUAUCGGGAAGUUAUACCAAGCACCUUUGAAGACCGCGUGCCGGUGAGGUGCAGCCGCCGCAGAGCGCAGCGCUCGGCCCCCCGCCCCGCGUCCCGCCGGCCGGGUCCCGCGCGGCCCCGCGCCGCCGCGGCUCGCCGCCCUCGCUUUUACUGCUAAGGUUUCGUCCGGAUUGCGCGUUUUUGUGGAAAUAGCUUGCCGCGAGCGGAGAGGGGCGUGCGGCCCCGCUCCGCCUCUCCCGGCAGCAAAUUCGAAACGCAAAAUUGAGAGUUCGUAGCCGUCUCGGGCUUCGUUCCCGCCGCGUGAAUGUGCCGUCGUGUCAGCGAGCGCGCGCGCUGCCGGCGCGGGGGGCUCGAGAAGCGAGGGUCUUCGCAGACACAAAACCACCCCGGCGGUAACUGCCCCGGCGGCGCUGAAGUCGAAAGCACUCAAAUUGGAAAACCCUCACACUUUCUUCCACUGUUAAGCAUUUUGCACACAAUCGUGAUUUUUAUGUCAAAAAGAAAAGCCAAAACUUGCAAUACUAUUUUUAGCAGACAAAAAAAAAUAAAUAAAUAAAUAAAUAAAAAAACAACCAAGUAUAAAUGUAUAAAUAUUUUUGACUUGAACAUUUGGAUGGCACUUGAUUCAAAUAGAACAUUAAUCCUUUGGACAGAAUGUUUGGGAAAAAGGACUUAAAGUACAAGGUUGUUUUUAAAACGUCUUCAUAGGGUAUUAAGUAGUACUGUAAUUCAUGACUGUUAAAAAUACUUUCUGUGCUGUAAGAAGAAUCUCACAGUACCACUGAAUUAUGUUUCUCAACUGUCUCAGCCACGAAAGAUGCUAGCUUUUUUUUAUCGUGCAUUAUUCACUAGUAUUUAUGUGCUCUUACUCUGUAUAGUUAAGACUGUUAUUUUGUAGCCAUGGCUGACACAAUAUAUCAGUAACUUAAAAAAAAAAAAAAAAAAAAAAAAAGGAUUAAGACCCCCCCCCCAGUUGGAACUGUGCUCAUAGCUGUUUUCAUAUGAUGAAAAAUCCAUUAAAAAAAAAAAAAACAAACCCGAUGUGAUCAUUAAUUGUAAAACGCUUUGUAAAAUUCACAUUUACAAAAUAAUAAAGUAAAUUACAAUUCA